CGGGAGCGGCGGGAGGCGGCGGCUCCGCACCGCAAACUUCGGCGGAGCGUCCGGCGGGGCCAUGGGCCGCGGCCCGCGCUGAGCACCAUGAUCCCCGCCGGAGGCUGCCUCUGCGCCGGGCUGCUGCUCGCCACCCUCUUCCCCCUCGUCGCCACCGAAGUCUGCACAGGGACCGACAUGAAGCUGCUGCGUCCCUCCAGCCCGGAGAGCCACUACGAGACCCUACGGCAUCUCUACCAGGGCUGUCAGGUGGUCCAGGGCAACCUGGAGCUCACUUACUUACCCCCCGACGCCGACACCACCUUCCUCAAGGACAUCAAGGAAGUGCAGGGCUACGUCCUGAUUGCAGAGAACCAAGUGAGCGGGCUGGAGCUGCAGAGCCUGCGGAUCAUCCGGGGCACGCAGCUCUUCCAGGAGCGGUUUGCGCUGGCCGUGGUGGGCAACGCCGGCCCCGAGGGCACGCCGGGGCUGCGCCAGCUCGGCAUGAGGCACCUCACAGAGAUCCUGAAAGGGGGUGUGUGGAUCGAGAGGAACCCUCAGCUCUGCUUCCAGGACACCAUCUUCUGGGCCGACAUCUUCCACCGGCACAACGAGCUCAGUGGCGAGAUCCAUGUGGAGACCACCCGCACUCGCAGCUGUCCCGACUGCCAUCCGCUGUGUGCUGAGGGUCACUGCUGGGGUGAGGGGCCACAGAACUGCCAGACCUUGACCAAGAGCAUCUGCCACGGGUGCCCACGCUGCAAGGGCAGGAAGCCCACGGACUGUUGCCACGAGCAGUGUGCUGCUGGCUGCACCGGCCCCAAGCACUCCGACUGCCUGGCAUGCCUGAACUUCAACCGCAGUGGGAUCUGUGAGCUGCACUGUCCCCCCCUUGUCAUCUACAACUCCGACACCUUCGAGUCGGUGCCCAACCGCGACGGCCGUUACACGUUCGGUGCCAGCUGCGUCAGCCAGUGCCCCUAUAACUACCUCGCCACGGAGGUGGGGUCCUGCACCCUCGUGUGCCCCCAGAACAGCCAGGAGGUCACAGUAAACAAUGUCCAGAAGUGUGAGAAGUGCAGCAAGCCCUGCCCAGAGGUGUGCUAUGGGCUGGGAGUGGAUUUCCUGAAGGGUGUCCGUGCAGUGAAUGCCACCAACAUCCAGCACUUCAGCAGCUGCACCAAGAUCUUUGGCAGCUUGGCCUUCCUGCCUGAGACCUUUGCAGGAGACCCCAGCACCAACACACCGCCCCUGGACCCCAAACUGCUGCAGAUAUUCGAGAGCCUGGAGGAGCUGACAGGCUACCUGUACAUUGCUGCGUGGCCACCUGGCUACCAGGACCUGGGAGUCUUCCAGAACCUGCGGGUCAUCCGGGGCCGUGUGCUGCACAACGGCGCCUACUCGCUGACGCUGCGGGAGCUGUCGGUGCGGGCGCUGGGGCUGCGGGCGCUGCAGGAGAUCAGCAGCGGCAUGGUGCUGGUGCACCACAACCCCCAGCUCUGCUUCCUCCAGAAGGUGCCCUGGGGCAGCAUCUUCCGUAACCCCCGCCAGCGCCUCUUCCAGACCCACAACAAACCCCCCGAGCAGUGCGAGAGCGAGGGACUGGUCUGCUUCCACCUCUGCGCCCACGGGCACUGCUGGGGCCCCGGCCCGACCCAGUGCGUGACCUGCGAGCGGUUCCUGCGCGGCCAGGAGUGCGUCGCCUCCUGCAACCUCCUGGAGGGAGCCGUCCGGGAACACGCCAACGGGACACGGUGCCUGCCGUGCCACCCCGAGUGCCAGCCCCAGAACGGCACCGAGACCUGCUUCGGAUCCGAGGCUGACCAGUGCGUGGCCUGUGCUCACUACAAGGAUGCUCAGCAGUGCGUGCGGCGCUGCCCCAGCGGCGUCAAAGCCGACACCUCCUUCGUGCCCGUCUGGAAGUACCCGGACGAGGACGGGGUGUGUCAGCUCUGCCCCACCAACUGCACCCACUCGUGCACGAUCCGGGAUGAGGAUGGUUGCCCCGUGGACCAGAAGCCAAGCCAGGUGACGUCCAUCAUUGCUGGUGUGGUGGGGGCUCUCUUGGUCGUCGUCCUCCUCCUCAUCACCGUCAUCUGUGUGAAGCGCCGGCGGCAGCAGGAGCGGAAACACACCAUGAGGCGCCUGCUGCAGGAGACUGAGCUGGUGGAGCCGCUGACACCGAGCGGGGCCCUCCCCAACCAGGCCCAGAUGCGGAUCCUCAAGGAGACGGAGCUCAAGAAGGUCAAAGUCUUGGGCUCUGGUGCUUUUGGCACCGUCUAUAAGGGCAUCUGGAUCCCUGAUGGGGAGAGCGUGAAGAUCCCCGUGGCCAUCAAGGUCUUGCGGGAGAACACGUCACCCAAAGCCAACAAGGAGAUCCUGGAUGAGGCCUACGUGAUGGCAGGGGUGGGCAGCCCCUACGUGUCCCGGCUGCUGGGCAUCUGCCUGACCUCCACGGUGCAGCUGGUGACGCAGCUGAUGCCCUACGGCUGCCUCCUGGACUACGUGCGGGAGAACAAGGACCACAUCGGCUCCCAGGACCUGCUCAACUGGUGUGUGCAGAUCGCCAAGGGGAUGAGCUACUUGGAGGAGGUGAGGCUGGUGCACCGGGACUUGGCUGCUCGCAAUGUCCUCGUCAAGAGCCCCAACCACGUUAAGAUCACCGACUUCGGGCUGGCGCGGCUGCUCGACAUCGACGAGACCGAGUACCACGCCGACGGCGGGAAGGUGCCCAUCAAGUGGAUGGCGCUGGAGUCCAUCCUCCGCCGGCGCUUCACGCACCAGAGCGAUGUCUGGAGCUACGGUGUCACAGUGUGGGAGCUGAUGACUUUUGGGGCAAAGCCCUACGAUGGGAUCCCGGCCCGGGAGAUCCCCGACCUGCUGGAGAAGGGUGAGAGGCUGCCGCAGCCGCCCAUCUGCACCAUCGACGUCUACAUGAUCAUGGUGAAAUGCUGGAUGAUCGACUCCGAAUGCCGGCCGAAGUUCCGGGAGCUGGUCACCGAGUUCUCCCGCAUGGCCCGAGACCCCCAGCGCUUCGUGGUCAUCCAGAACGACCUGGCAGGGCUGCCUGGCUCCAUGGACAGCACCUUCUAUCGUGCCCUGCUGGAGGAGGAGGACAUGGAGGACUUGGUGGAUGCUGAGGAGUACCUGGUGCCUCACCAGGGCUUCUUCAGCGCAGAGACCUCCACCACCUACCGCAGCCGCAUCUCCUCCACACGGAGCACGGCAGAGACUCCGGCUGACGUGGAGGAGGGUGAGGGUUUGGCUGCCUUCCCCUUCCCUAGCCCAGGCCUGGCUGAAGGGCUGGAAAGCCCCAUGCCAGAGGUGCUGGAGGGGGAUGGCUUGGCCAAGGCGGCCGCGCAGAGCCCAGCAGGCCGUGAGCCUGGCACCCUGCCACGCUACAGCGAGGAGCCCACGGGGCUGGCGGCCGAGGACAGCGAGGGCCCGGACCCCGAGAGCUUCACCACCCCCCACCCCACCAUGCCAGAGUACGUGAACCAGGCUGGGGAGCGCCCCCCCCGCGUGCCCCCGUCCCCGCCGGACAAGCCCAAGGGGCACCAGGGGAAGAACGGGCUCAUCAAAGAGGCCAAGCAGCCCUUCCCGGGGCCCUUCAGCCACACCGUGGAGAACCCCGAGUACCUGGCUCCCCCCGGCCCCCCGGCCCCCAGCCCCUUCAGCCAGGCCUUCGACAACCCCUACUACUGGAACCAGGAGCCCCCCGCGGCCGGCGGCCCCGAGGGAGGCCCCGGCACGACGCCCACGGCCGAGAACCCCGAGUACCUGGGUCUGAGUGGCCCCGACGACGUGGCCGCAUAGGGUCGGGCUGUGGAGAGACCCCCCUCACCCCUCCCUUCUUCCUUCCCACCCCCCCACCCCCGACUUCACCGAGGCAGCUUGUGGA